AUGCCGAAAUCAAAGAAGCAAAAUCAGAGUGAAGCGGUGUCUAAAUUCACAUUUCUGUCGAAAGAAUGUAUUAGAUACUGUGAUAAAGUCGGAACUUUAAUUUCGGAAAAUGAAAACAUUGCAUUUCUAACGGGCAUAAAAACAAAAUUGGAUAAUUUAGCAGGGGGUUUGGAAUCAGCAUUCCUUUUAAUUGAAGAUAAUGAGGAGUUUUAUGAUAAAUACAUUCAAACGUCAGAUCAAGUGCUUGAAGCAUUAGCUAAAAUCGAAAUCUUUGUAUCACAGAACUCGGGAUCCGCUGAUCAGAAGGUAAGAAAUGAUCCGGAAGCAAAAACUCUUAAACUCCCGAAAAUGACUUUGAUGAAUUUUUAUGGAGAUACAGAGGAUUGGAUUAGUUUUAGAGAAAUAUUUAAAUCGGCUAUUCUUGACAACAGUCAGUUAACAGACUUAGAAAAAUUACAAUAUCUCCAGACAGCUGUUCGUGGAAGUGCAGCCAAAUUAAUUCGUGGCUUUUCCCUCCAAGGAGAGAACUUAAAAAACUGUUGGGAUAUUUUAUGUCAGAGAUUUGAAAACAAACGCAUUUUAGCCUUAGCUCAAAUAAAUAACUUGUUUUCGUCUAAAAUAACAAAGGUUGAUAAUUCGAAAGGUCUACUGGAGUUGUUAGAUAGAUGCAAUGAAGCAGUCAGAAAUCUAAAAACAUUAGGUUUGGAGUCUAACGCUCUAAGUGACUUAAUGAUAAUUCGAUUCAUGCUUUCCAAAUUGGAUGAGUUGGUUAGACAAAGAUGGGAAUUGACUUUAGAUAAUCACAGUAUACCAAGUCUAGAGAGUUUUAAGUCGUUUAUGGAAAAGGAAGCGCGAAGUCUGGAAAACAAAAGGGAAAGUCGAAAUGAUAGUAGCAUUUCAAACCGUAAACCCAUGGAUAAUCGGGAAAAUAAAAUGGGCAAUUCAAAUCGAUUCCGUAAGCCAGUUGUAAAUAGUACAGUUGUAGAGAAAGGAAAUAUCUGUGUUGUGUGCAAACAAAAUCAUAAGUUAUUCAAAUGUCCAAAAUUCAAUAAUAUGCCCCUUGAGGAUAGGUGGGGUGUCGUGCAAACUCACAAGUUGUGCGAAAAUUGUUUGAGGGAUAAUCACAGUCAAUCGGAGUGCAAACUUUCAUACACAUGUAAAUGUUGCGCUUUGCGCCAUCAUACUUUGUUGCAUAGGUAUACUGUGGCUCCAGAGCCUGUCCAUUCGGUAUCAGCAGUGUCUAAUAAUGCGGGGCAAAACUCAAUGUGUGUACUUUUGUCAACAGCAUUAGUUAAUGUGAAGGGUAGUUCGGGAGAGGUAAUUCAGUGUAAAUUAUUGAUUGAUAAUGCAUCGCAAAAUUCGUUAAUCACUCGAAAAUGUGCGGAACGCUUACAAUUAAAUUUUCAGAACACAUCUCAUCAGUUGAUAGGGAUUAAUGGCCUUAUGGCUGAAACUUCUCUUCAUUCGACUACCUUUGAAUUCUCCGCACACUUUUCUAAAAAAUUUCUGAAAAUUAAUGCUUUCGUAGUAAAUCAAAUAACCUCACCUCUUCCGAAUUUCCGUUUGAGAAAACAUUCUUGGCCUCACCUGGAAGGGAUUCAGUUGGCUGAUCCCACAUUCUAUGACACAUCAGAGAUUGACAUUUUGCUAGGGGCUGAGCUAGCCACACGUCUUAUCAUUGGCCCUCCUCUUCGAGGUCAGCACGGAACACCAGAUGCCUUGCCAACAGAAAUAGGGUAUGUGCUGGCAGGCAAAGUCGGACAUUGCCACAGUGAUCGGAAAUCUGUGUCCCACCUUACUGUGUCAUUAAAUGAGACUUUACAAAAAUUCUGGACCGUGGAGUCUGUGCCCAUCCAAGAAAUUCAAACUGAAGAUGAUGAACUCGCGGAAACAUUGUUUAAAAAAUCCGUUAAAAGAGAUGAAAAUGGAAGAUAUAUUGUAAAGCUCCCCAUAAAAGUAAAUUCGAAUCUAGGAGAAAGCAAAACCCAAGCGCAUCAAAGGUUUCAUCUCCUAGAAAAGAAACUCGAUAGAAAUCCCGCGUUAAAGGAACAAUAUGUCACAUUCAUGAAGGAGUAUGAGAAACUUAACCAUAUGAGUGUCGUAAAAUCUGAAGAUGUCCAUAAGGUCCCUCACUAUUAUUUGCCUCACCAUGGUGUGGUUAAUGAAAAUAGCACCACCACGAAAUUACGCGUAGUGUUCGAUGCCUCAGCUAGAACCUCUAAUCAACAUUCUCUAAAUGACAUUCUUCUUACUGGACCUAAACUUCAGACUCACAUAUUUUGCAAUUUGAUAACAUUUCGUUCCUAUCCCGUUGCUUUUGUGGCUGACAUCGCCAAAAUGUAUCGUCAGAUUCGUAUUGCUGAGGAAGAUCAAGAUUAUCAAAGAAUAGUGUGGAGGAAUAAUCAAGAUGAACCUCUAAAAAUAUUUCGUCUUAACACAGUGACAUACGGUACGUCAGCAGCGCCAUUCUUAGCUCUACGUACCCUCCAUCAACUAUGUGACGAUGAAAAGGAAAAUUUUCCAAUUGCGUCAGAAUUAUCGCGUACUCAUUUUUAUGUCGACGACUUAUUGUGCGGUGCUGCAUCUGUUGGAGAAGCAAGAUCCAUAAUACCCGAAAUGAUAAAAUUCAUGGAAAGUGGGGGUUUCCCUCUGCGCAAAUGGUCAUGCAAUUACCCGGAGGUAAUAGAGAAUCUUCCUGAUCACAUGAGAGCUUCUACCGAUACCCAUUCCUUUCAAAAUGACGUAAAUCAGAAAGUCUUGGGUCUUGAAUGGAAUGAAACUAAAGACAGUCUUCGGGUUCGGGCAGUCCUUACAGAACAUGUAAAUUCUAAGCGUCAAUUACUCUCCGUUAUUGCUAAAACAUACGAUCCACUUGGUCUUAUCGCACCUGCCACCAUUAAACUGAAAAUAAUGUUGCAAGAGAUUUGGAAAACUAAAAUAGGUUGGGAUGAUUCUUUACCUCAUUAUCUGCUCGAAGAAUGGCAAACCUUUCAGUCUCAAAGUUUCGUCUUACAGGAUAUCUCUGCACCUAGGUAUUUGCAAUGCGCUAAAGCCACAACAAUUGAGCUACAUGGUUUCUCCGAUGCUUCCACAAAGGCGUACGCAGCAGUGGUUUACAUCCGUGCUAUUUCUGAGACUGUGCGCGUAUCUUUCGUGGCAGCAAAAACGCGAGUUGCACCAGUCCAGACAUUGACUUUACCCCGUCUGGAGUUAUGUGGAGCAUUAUUGCUCGCAGAACUGGUGAACACUAUCAAAAAAACACUGUCACUCAGUAAUGAGAAAACCUUUUUAUGGUGUGACUCAACCAUCACUUUAAGUUGGAUAGCCAAUCCACCCUCAAGCGGAAACCAAUUUGUUCGUCAUCGAGUUACAAAGAUUUUAUCCAUGUCAAAUGUUAAGUCCUGGAAUUUCAUUCCUUCCCGGGAGAACCCAGCCGACUGUGCAAGCAGGGGACUCUUUCCUAACCAAUUGAAAGAUCAUAAGACUUGGCUUACGGGACCAACCUGGCUCCAAAAUGCUUCAAAUUGGGCAAGUCCGUCUACAAUUCCAGAUGUUGUUCGGAACGAUUCACAUAUUGAGGAGGAUCUUUUCCUGGCAACCACCGCAUCUGAAGAGCAGAGCCUUCUUAAAAGAUAUUCUUCUUAUAAGAAAACAAUUAGGGUUAUUGGGUGGAUUUUACGUUAUUUCUACAAUCUGAAGCACAAGGAAAGACUUUCAGGGACAUUGACUGUUCCAGAGCUAGAUCGGUCUUUGAAGUGCAUUCUUCUACAAAUUCAACAGGAGACUUUCAAUACGGAGAUUAACUGCCUGAGAAAAAAACGGGCUAUUCCCACUUCAAGUCGACUUUUGAGAUUAAAUGUCUUCUUAGAUGCCGAGGGACUUCUUCGAGUUGGUGGCAGCCUGUCAAAGCAUCCUACUCUGCCGUAUGACCAUAAGUACCCUAUUAUUCUUCCAAAGCAACAUCACUUCACAAAAUUAGUUGUUGAGCACUUUCAUGAAGUCAGUUUGCAUGGAGGAACUGAAAUGGUUUUAUCCUUAAUUCGUCAACAAUUCUGGAUAAUAGAUGGAAGAUCAACAGUUAAAAAAUUCCUUCGUAUGUGUAUAAGAUGUUUCCGGUAUUCUGCUAGACCGCCCACUCAACUAAUGGGCGAUUUACCCGCAUCUAGAAUUACACCUUCAAGGGCGUUCGAAAACACUGGAGUUGACUUCGCUGGGCCAAUUAUAACAAAAUGUCAGCAUAUUCGCAAGGCGAGCGAAUUCAAAUCAUAUAUAUGCCUUUUUGUGUGCUUCAGCACCAAAGCCGUUCAUUUAGAGUUAGUCUCCAGCUUGUCUGCUCAGGCAUUUUUAGCAGCUUUUCGAAGGUUUGUGGCACGUCGGGGUCUACCAACUCAUAUGCAUUCGGACAACGGGAAGAACUUCGUAGGUGCGGCGUCGUACCUAAAAGAACUCGUAAGAAUGGUCAAAGACCCAAUUGUGCAAGACUAUUGUGCUUCGAGAAACGUGACGUGGCACUUCAUUCCACCGUACGCGCCUAACUUCGGGGGACUAUGGGAGUCUUCCAUCAAGUUAGCAAAGCGUCAUCUGGUAAAAAUCACUCGAGGAGCGCUUCUAAAUUUCGAGGAGCUAAGUACUCUCCUCUGCCAGAUAGAGGCAUGUCUAAAUUCACGCCCACUGACGUCUCUAUCUACCAACGUUAACGAUUUCCAAGCGCUUACCCCUGGUCAUUUUUUGAUCGGGUCACCUCUAUUGGAAAUCCCAGAAUCUGACUCCGCUAAUAAUCAUCUUAGUUUUUAUUCCAGAUGGAGGUUGUUAUUACAGCUAAAAGAGCAGUUCUGGAGAAGGUGGUCCAAGGAUUAUUUGCAGUCACUUCAACCCAGGACUCGGUGGACCAGAGCAGGGCGUCAACUGCAACUGGGACAAAUGGUCUUGGUAGAAGACAAAGCUUCACCCCAAGGAUUCAUCCUAGGUCGAAUCGCCAGAAUAUUUCCAGGGAAGGAUGACAUCACCCGAGUGGUCAGCAUCCGAACCGCCACAGGAGAGGUCACCAGAGCUGUAGGACGUAUACGACUGCUGCCGAUUAGUGACUGUGCCCCCCCGGAAGAUGUUUCGGACAAAACAUUGAUAGAGGGCGCUGAAGUCAACUAG